AUGAACUCUCUCAAUUUGAUUUCAUCCCGAGUCAUCGGACAGACCCAACAAGCAUCGCGCCCACGGUCACGAUCUCAGGGCGAAUUAUUACAAAAGGAGUAUGGCGAAGAGCCUCUUCGGGGGAGAUCGUUCAGCGAUGAACAAAUAAAGAAAGAGCCGGGAAGCGUAUUUCCGGACCUUCUUACCUCAGAACCUGGGUCGGACAAUGGCGAUUCUCUCAUCAAGGAUGAAGACGAGAAGCAACCAUUACUUCAUGCUGAUGAGAAAAAGGACGUUGAGACGGACGCUGAUGGAUGGCGGAGGCUCGUCAAGAGAAUAGCAGAUGCUAUCAAGACAAUAUUGGCAGUGAUCGGUGCUCCUGUUGUCUACGUCGCGAAGUGUUUCAGAGAUCAAGACGGGAAGCUUUCCAUUAUCCCACGGUGGCCUCGUCGGGAAAGGAUACCCGCUAGCAAUACAGCGCAUGCGAUGAGCCUUUCUAAUACUGCUCCAGGGAGUACAUGGAACUCUGAGAAGCCAGCAAAUCGUGUCCUCCAAGAAACAAAGUUGCGACACUCGUAUUCCAGCGACUCUUUGAACGCUUCGACCUCGGAUUCUGACUCAGACUUGCACAAGACGGGACAUGCCCAAUCGCGAAUCAAGUCGAAACGAGAAAAGAGCUCGCGCGAAGAGUCUGAGACGCGACGAUCGUCGAUCAGGAUCAAGGAACAGAAUGAUCUGACAUUGAAGAGACGAAAGCAAAAGAACGCCGCGAGCCCGCUGGGUGACAGUGUUCCAUUGACAGUCGACAACAUCAAGUCGCCUACAUCUCCAUCGCCAUCGCUGAGAAUCACAAGAUACCCCCAUGCGCCUCAGCCCCCAAGACCUCUGAUUCCUCGGCGACAACCCUCUUAUGCCAACCUUAUUCCAAGAUCACCUACUCGUGGGGGACCCGCUUUGCAACAAAAGACACUGAUCCUCGACCUCGACGAAACUCUGAUUCAUUCUCUGGCGAAAGGUGGUCGCAUGUCUUCCGGGCACAUGGUGGAGGUCAAGUUGAAUGCGCCAGUGGCCUUGUCGCCGCCCCAGCCAGGGCAGGCGGCUCCAGUGCUUGGACCGCAACAUCCUAUCCUCUACUACGUUCACAAACGACCUCAUUGCGAUGACUUUUUACGCAAAGUUUCCAAGUGGUAUAAGGUCGUGGUGUUUACGGCGUCGGUGCAGGAAUAUGCAGACCCUGUGAUUGACUGGUUGGAGCAGGAACGAAAGUAUUUCGUUGGUCGAUACUACCGACAGCACUGUACAUUCCGUAACGGGGCGUACAUCAAAGAUCUGAGCAGCAUUGAGCCUGAUUUGAGUAAGGUGAUCAUUCUGGACAACAGCCCUGUCAGCUAUGUCUUCCAUGAAGACAACGCGAUCCCCAUUGAAGGAUGGAUAAAUGACCCAACGGAUAAUGAUUUGCUUCAUUUGAUACCCAUGUUAGAGGCCCUGCAGUACGUAACGGAUGUCCGGGCGCUAUUGGCGCUUCGUAGGGGCGAGGCGGAGACAGCCUCAUGA